GAUACUAGACUUCCGCUGUGAGCAGCUGAUUAGCUGCUGAGAUCGUUGUAGCUUUAUUGCUACAUUAGCUUGUGUUUUGGGUCAGUGUGUGGAUGUUAAACGAGUAAAAGUUUGUUUUAGCUCCAGCGGGAGGAGAAUUUAUCCUAAACAAAGGCCGCCGUCUGAUCGUUUAACCCGGGUCAACGUUUCUGUCUUCGGCCGGGAGAGUUCCGCUUCUCCGGUGAACUCCGGUGAGCUGAGCCGAGCUGUCAGUAGGUGAGUCUGCCGGCUCGUUAUGAUGUCAGGAUCCCAGUGGGAGCUGCCCCCCGAGCUGUGCUGCCGGCCCAUGGCCUUCGUAGCUCUAACUGGUCUGGAUGUGGUCUUUAAUGCCGUGCACCGGGCCAUCUGGGAUGCUUUCUGUGCCAACCGUCGAGCUGACAGAGUCCCCAUCUCCUUCAAAGUUCUGCCAGGAGACCACGAGUAUCCCAAAUGUCGCACUAAGCGAACGUCGUAUGAGUGGUACAUUCCAAAAGGCAUCCUGAAAACAAGCUGGAUGAACAAACACCUGAACCUGGUCCCUGCUCUGGUGGUUCUGUUCUACGAGCUGGACUGGGACGACCCGCAGUGGAAGGAGAAACAGUCAGAGUGUGCAACUAAGGUGGAGAUAGUCAGGACCAGUCUGCAGGGCAGGAACACCAAGGUGGCUGUGGUUCUGAUCCAGAAGAAAACCCCUCUGCCUCCAGGAGAAGACCUGGUGGCUUCAGAGAGAGCGUCGGCUCUCUGUAACGCUUGUGAUCUCUCUGGGAAGAGCCUGUUUGUUUUGCCACACACCGACCACUUGGUGGGCUACAUCAUAAGGUUGGAGAACGCGUUCUACGAACACGCCCAGACCUACUACUACACAGAGAUCCGUCGAGUCAAGUCACACAAAGAGUUCCUGAACAAGACAACACACCAGCUGCUGUUUGUCAGACACCAGUUUAAAAUUGCUUUCUUCAGCGAGCUGAAACAGGACACCCAGAACGCCCUGAAGUACUACAGAACUGCUUACAGUCUGGUUCACGAGCUCCGAGCACACGAGACCAACAUGUUGGAGAUUAAAACUCUGGCUGGCUUUAUAAACUACAAGAUCUGUCGCUUGUGUUUUCAACACAACACUCCUCUGGAUGCCAUCGCUCAGUUCAGGAAGCACAUGGACCUGUGUAAGAAGAAGAUUGGCAGCGCUGAACUGGCCUUUGAGCACUCUGCAUGGAUGUCCAAACAGUUCCAGUCCUUCGGUGAGCUCUUUGAUGAGGCCAUAAAGUUGGGUCUGACAGCCAUCCAGACUCAGAACCCGGGCUUCUACUACCAGCAGGCUGCCUGUUACAGCCAGGACAGGAAGCAGCUGGCCCAGCAGCUCUGUCAGGCUGGAGUGAGUUAUCCCUCUGCAGACCCUCUGGACCCCCAGAGUGGAGGACUGGACUACUAUGGCCAGAGACCCUGGAGACAAGGACAGCAGAGUAUUGAUCCACCUGAUGCAGAGAAGGAGAAGAUGGGGAUUCUGGCCCUGCAGAUUAAAGAGAGAGAUGUUCCUCAUUCUGAGCUGAUUAUAGCCCUUCUUAGUAAUGCUGUUGCUCAGUUUAAGAAGUACAAGUGUCCUCGGAUGAAAAGCCACCUAAUGGUGCAGAUGGGAGAGGAAUACUACCAUGCUAAAGACUACACCAAAGCCCUAAAGCUCCUGGACUACGUGAUGUGUGACUAUCGCACAGAGCGCUGGUGGGCUCUGCUGACGGCCAUCUUGAGCACGGCCCUGCGCUGUGCCUAUCUGAUGGCCAGUGUCAAGGACUACGUCAUCUACAGUAUGGAGCUGCUAGGCCGAGCUUCCACCCUGAAAGAGGAGCAGAGGUCCAGGAUCGAGAAGAAUCUCUUCAAAGUACUAAUGAAUGAGGUUCCUGAUGCUGAGCCCGAGUGUGACUCAUCUACUGUCAGUGCUGCCAGGUCUCUGUGGACCGACCGCAUGGCUUUGUCUGGAUCCAAUGAGCUGACCAUUGAAGUGCAGGACUACAUUCCCUUCAUCCAGUGCAAGGCCAGGUUCCAGUCUCCCAGUUUUCAUGUGGACCAGCCCAUCCAGCUCCAGGUCUUCCUUCGAGCAGACUGUCCUCAUCCUGUGUCUUUCAGCAAGCUGACUGUCAGCCUCAGUAACCAGGAGUACAACCAGUGGUGUGAUAUGGAAUCAUCUGGACAGAGUUUGACUCUGUUACCAGGAAAAACUAGGUGCUACCACUUCAGCUUUGUAGCUAAGACUGAAGACGUUGGUAAGAAGGUUGAGAUGACAGGCAUUGAGGUGAUGCUGGGCAGCGACAGCGGCCGCUGUGUGUUUCUGAGCUGGAGAGGUGCCGGGGGAGAUGCAGCCUCGGCUCAAGAAGCACUGCAAGCCAGUCGAUCAUCACGGCGAUGGGGGCGUGGCCUGGAGGCGAGGCAGGAGCUCGACUGGGACAGUCUGACUCUGCAGCACAGCACCAUGAUCAUCUCCAGAGUCCCAAAGAUCUGUGUGCAGCUGAGCCACCUGCCUCCUGCACUCAUCAGUGAGAUGUACUGCAUCAGACUCACUGUCCAAUCACACGAGGACACUGUGGCAAAAGACGUCAAACUGACAGCAGGUCUCAAACCAGGUCAGGAUGCUAACUUAGGCCAGGCCACCCACGUGACCCUGGACCAGUCGGUCCUCUGUGACGACAGCGCUCCUUCUCUUCUUGCCGAUGUGCCUCUGGGUGAUCUGAAGCCAGGAGAACAGCUGGAGAAGUGUGUGUACGUGAGGUGUGUGUCUUUUGGACCGAGGCUCUUCUUGUUCCACGUGGCCUACAGCAUGGAGACAGCUGUGGAGGGACAGCAGAUUAUCUGCAGGUGUCACAAGGAUGAGACCCUCACCAUAGAGACGGUGGUCCCAUUCGAGGUGUCAGUCAAGUUUGUCUCCACUAAGGUGCACCUCCUGGUCCUCCCUGGCACCCAGCAGCACAUGCUGUACAACUACUACCCCCUGAUGGCUGGAUACCAAACCCUGCCACACCUGAACAUCAGCCUGCCGCGCUGCCCCGCCUCCAACGUCCUGGCACUGAGACGCUUCCUGCCUCAGAGGAUCUUUGUGAAGCCUCAGGGUCGACAGCCGGACGACGCCUCCAUCGCUGCAGCCUGAGGAGAAACUGAAGCUGUUUCCUGUAAAUAGAAGAAGGUUUUGUUCUGUAAACACAUUCCAGGACAUGGAGUUUGUGGAUAAAUUCAUGGGUGAAGUGUUCUAGAUGAAGUGAAGGAUUAAUUAAACUUGUUUCCUGUC